AUGAUCUUGGGCACCGUGAAGCAGCUGCUGCCCUUCUCUGAAUUGGAAGGCAAUCCCUGCUUUCUGGACGUCUGCGGGAAUUACCUGACCGUGGGAACCGACUUGUCUCACUUUAAGAUCUUUGAUCUUUCUCGCAGGGAGGCGAAGGUACAUUGCAAUAGCAAGGCCUUGGCAGAUCUCCUGCCCGGCGCCCUCGGGAUCGCAUCCGUGAAGUGCAACACAAGCGGCAACCGAGUCAGCAUUCUCCUGAGCAAGGCCGAUGGUAGUUUCGACCCUAGGAUUUGUUUCUACGACAUUGAAAUGGACACAGUCACCCUGUUUGAUUUUGAGUCAGGUCGACAAAGAGAUGCUAAAGAAAUGCUCUCCUUGGGACAGGAGACUGAAGGGUGAGGUUUUUUAUCUCUUUUUGGGUUAGGUAUUGUGGAAUAUAGAUGAAUUGUUUUAUGAAAUGAAAGAUCCAGCAGGGGUCACUGUG